UGCUAUUACUACUACUAUACUAUGCCAAAAACUACCACACCUGCCACCACUACUACAGCUACAUGGAAACCUAUAACAACUACUACAACUUUAACAGCAGUCAGGACAACACCCGCUCUUUCCACUACAACUUCAGUUCCUGAAGUAACAACCACAGUUGCUCCUGUGACCAAUCAUACCACUGCUGCUGGUUCAUUGACACCACUUCCUCCUCUUGAGACCACAGUCACAACUACAACCACAAAAAACUCAACAACAAAUGUAGCUCAUACAACAGCUGGUGAGAAUAUUACACCUACAACACAAGUUAUUACAACCACCUCUACAAAAACCACAUCUGCUACAACCACAACACCUCCCACGACGACAAUCGCUUCUACAACUACGCCCACGAGUGGUCAUUGCAAAGAGGAGGUUGUCGGCAAUGAUGUCUUUCACUGGAUCUCUCCAAACUUCGGCAAAGGGAAUUACCCUCCCAACACGUUCUGCUCACUCUCCCGAUCAUCCUCUGAACCUUCUUGGACUCGCAUCACUUUCAACAGCUUCCUUCUGGAGUCAUUCUGGCGACUGCGACGGAGACUCUGCUUCGAUUACGUUUCUUUCAAAUCCAUUGCUUACUUCGGUGAAGAAAAGUUCUGCGGUUCUAAAAGCGGAGAAGUUCGGCUUCCAUCUUAUAAUUUCAGAGCCGAGUUCGUCACCGACUCGUUCCUCAGUUUUCCGGGAUUCAACAUCACCAUCACUCGAGAAACGUCCGACUGCCACAAGCUGGUCACGACGGGAGGCCUCGGAGGCCCGAGUUCGGACAUGAUCAUGACGCCCCCUCAGCCUAACGGUGCCUGGGAGACAAAGGCCUGCGAAUGGUGGAUCAAGGCACCGGCUGGAAAGAAGGUCGAACUGGAGCUCGUCCAAACCAAACUCGACCAGAACUGCGAUGAGAACGAGAUCCUCAUCAACGAGGACGGUGACGUCACUUACCCGGCUUCCAGCACCAUCAGGUACUGCCAAUGGACCCAAACGAGGAAGCCGCCGCCGUCUCUGCUCUUCAACAAGAACAAGUUCCUCUCCACAGGGACCACAAUGAGCGUCCUCUUCUUCUCCAGACAACCAAAGUCGGGCUUCCGGGCGAAGUGGACCGUCGUCAGGAGCACCGGAUCUUCUUCAGAUCCUGAUGAUUCAAGUGAAUCAAAUAGCUCUAGUAAGUCCAAAGGGCCCGGUAAGCCUGAGAAACCCGACAAGCCUUUAAAGCCCGGAAAGCCCGGAAAGAACAGCAAGUCUCGUGAGACCCGCGAGGAAAGUUAACUGACUGCUGAGAUGGAAGUCCGGAGGUCCUGAGGAUCCUUCCACAAGGGCAGUUCCUCGUGCACCUGAUUCUCUCAGCAGAGGCUUUUUUCGUUCUUCUGGAAGCCGUCAUCUCUUAUUCUAGCAUUCGAACGUCUGCUAACAAUCGUUUGUUUCAAAAUGGAAAAAAUCUUUGAUGCACCCGCACAUCUAACAUGAUAAUGUCCUUACAGUUAAAUCAUUUGUUUCAAAUAUACUUUAUUAUUACAAUCCUGUUUUGUA